AGGCACUAAUCACAUUCCUCCGCUUUUUUAACUCUCCUCCCUUUGUACCUUCAGGAGAGCUCCGAUCCGGUGCCUACCAUCCUACCUACCUACCUAGGUACCUGCCUACAGCCUACCUGCCUACCCUGCCAACAACUAAAGUCGACUCCUCCAAUCCAUUCGUUCAUCCCAUUUCAAUCCCUCGGAUCGUAUCCUGUCUUCCUUCUCUCCUCCAUCCGCCAUCUCGGGCUUAUUUGUCCGUCAAUCUCGCUCUUUUUUUUUUCUUACCACUUCAACUCCGGACUAUGUUUUAAAGCAAACAGACGACUCUUCUCCGCUUUCCUUCUUUCCUUUCCCCCCUUUCCUUCUUUUUGCUUGGAAAACGACCGAAAGAAAAAAUAAAAUAAAAAUAAAACAAAAAAAAAAAAAAGAAAAGAAGAAGAAAUUAUAUCUCCCGUGUAUCGUCCCGAUUCUCUUUCCAGGACCUUUGUUCCCUGCGGAGACGUUCCAGAUUCGUCAAACAAAGCCGUCCACAAACUUGGCUUUGGUUCAAUGGUCCUGUGGAGGUCUACAUUCGUCGGCUCUUUGAUCCCUCCUCAAACCCCCUCUCCUUGAGCAUUCCAGACCACUCCUCAAGUAUCUGGACUCCGCCCGCCAGAGAGGGUUGCCUGGCAGCUUGCUCCCAUCGGUUGCUGGGAUCACCGUUGCUGACAUGAGUUGGGAUCAGCCCGUCCACAGCUUCAGCUAUCCGAACGGUGAACCUCAAACCCCCACCAGGACUCCUCCGGUCUUUGGCGACACGGCGUUCCAGACCCCCAAACUUGAGUCCAGCUUUUUUGACCCCCGGGUCACCUGGGACACCUCCGAUCCGUAUGCCUCGAGCCCGGAGUUCCUCCGCACCCCUCACAAAUUCGCCCUGAGUACUCCUUCACUCAACCACCCGCGGUUGCCCGAGACGGGCGCAGAUCGGUCGGGCGGCCACAGUGUAAAGGCAUUGGAGCACCAGACCGAUACGGCCAGACGCGUGCGCCCUGCAAGUCCCCGGGGCCAUCCGGAGGAAGAUGCUCCCCAGACCGUGGCGUCUGCCAGAUCUGCAGCCUCGAUGCAGACUCCUCCGCCCAGCAGCGCUUCGAAGAGAAAGGUGACGGGGCUGGGGAACGUGGGAAAUACAAACCGACGCCCGUCCGCCUCCAGCGUGGUGGAUGGGAGCCAUCUAGAGACUCCUAGCCGCUUGAUGGGGGCCUCUCCCCGCCUGUUUGGCGAUCUCCAGGCGUCCUCGGAUCCCUUCCAUCUCGGGACCGUGGACCCCUCAGCCUCUCCUUUCUACCCCCAGCAACGGCUGUUCUGGGACCAUGAUUUCGAGCAGCCAGGAAGCCAUUUCGGGUUCCCCGACCACCACUCCAGCGUUUUCGAUGCCCACCCCGUGGGCACGUUGCCAGUCACCGCCCAUGCCAUGCACGACUCUCACAUCCCACAGUUGCCCGAUAUCGGGACGACCAUGGAGCUGCCCGAUUUCCAAGGCGGCCUCUAUGGAAUCUCGUCCGCCCCGGCGACCGAUGCGGCACUCUUCCCGGCACCCUUCUCGACCUCGCCUCGAGCCCCGGUGACCAAAGCGGAGGACCCAGCUAUGUUCCUGAGCUCUCCUGCCCGGCGGUUUGGGGGCCCCCAGCCCACUCCCGAAAAGCGACUCUUUUCCCGACCUCCCAUCCGUCAACCGUACCACCACCAAACCGAGGAGUCGAAACGAGAGGAGCUUCGUCGCGUUCAGAACGCCCACCAUAGUCUGCUGGGGUUUGACGAGGAGGACGAGGAGGAUUACACCCCUCGACAGCCUCAGCCCAUUCGCCCAGGGCUCACUCGCAGCCUCACGCUCACGGCGGCCACGUCUCGGCGCCCGCUGUCCAGUGGCAUGAUGGCCUCGACCAACGGUAUCCGCAAGAGCCCGUCCAAGAAGGGCCGGUCUUCUCCAAUCAAGCCUGCAGGCCAGCCAUUAUCCAGGGCCAGCUCGACUGCCAGUGUUCCCACCCGCUCAAAGUCGGUCGUCCUCCGGAUCGGCAGAGAUGGCCGAGCGAAGACGGAGAUGCAAACCGUGCCUGAGUCGUCGACCGGGUUGACGGACCCAGUCACGGGUAUGGACUUGGAUGGCUCAACGACCGAGAGCGAGUAUGAUUCGGCGGAGUAUCUCGACCAUUCGCUCUUUCCCAGCCGCAAUCCUUCCUUUGCCUUCUCUGACGCCGGUAGAUCCGUGCUCGCCCACAGUGACUGCGGGUCCCGGCCUCACUCCAAGGGGUCCUACACAUCUGCAGCGUCCUCCCAAUCGGGACGGGUCUCUCCGUGGUCGAAUUCGCGGGGACUGGCUAGACGGCCGACGUACCACUCCACUAUAGAGGAUUGGAAGAGGACAACGCCCAAGAGACAGGUGGUCAACUCGGACCUCUCCUACCGCAGUGCCAGCUCCGCCGUAAUGCCUCUGCCCGAAUCGGAGGAGGAUGACGGGGACGCGCAGCAUGCGCUUCGCAAGGUGGUGCGGCAGCGACGACAAGUGUCCCGUCCACACACCGUCGGCUAUGGGCCACGCACCCGGGCCCCCCCUUCGCUGGCACAUCUGCGUUCCUCGCCCCCGCGAUUCGGGGCGGAACUGGACCUCAACGCCUGUCCUCCCAACGCCUCCUCCCCAACCACAAUGACCGACCCCGACCUGGCCACACCAACCACCGACCGCUUUAGCAACCCCAGCAGUGGAACCCGAUGCAUUUGUAAUUCCAUGGACAACGGCGGCCACCUCAUGAUCCAGUGCGAAUCAUGCAGUCAUUGGCUCCACACCAAAUGCGUCGGACUCGAGCGGUCGAACCUCCCGUCCUCCUACGUCUGUGUGUUUUGCGCGCAGACUCCUACACGCCGGAAUCGCAUCCGCGUACCCGUUGGUCCGGUUGGCCAUGCGCCUACCUCGCCAUUGGCUCACAAAUCCUUUCGAUUCCGAUGAUUCAUGACUGCGUCCAGUAUUUCUUGCGUGUACCAUUUACGGAUAGAUGACUCGAUCCGGCCUGUCUUAAUAUAAGACACGGGCACUUUCACUCUCUUCCACUGGGUUUCCUCUGUGUUUCCUUUGCAUUUGAAACAAAAUUUAGAAAUACCCCUACCUUUUCUUGUUGUACGGUGUUUGGUACUGUCAGAGUUUAUUAUCUUGUUAAUUGAAUCGAGCGACACCGUUAUGUAUCUAGUGUAUCUAUACGGAUAUCAGUUUUAC